CAACUUUCCACAGAAAACACAGCCCGCGCCCGGAGCGUCGGGACACCUAGGGCCGCAGGCCCUCAUCCAGAAGGAGAAGGUCGUCAGGGCGCAGGCGCAGAGGUCGCCCCAGUCCCACCGCCGUCAGCAGGUCUGGUGCGCCUCCUGGCGGCGGCCGCAAGCCACGCCCCCACACCCGGGCGGAAAUGGCUACUUGGACUCGGGGCGCAUGCACGAGUCCCGGGAGUUGUCGCGAGAGAAAGCGGCCCCAAGGGAGACUUCCGGUGAGGGGGCAUCAGACGGUUAAGUGGGAACGUCCGCCGCUAGGCCGAGCGCUCGAGGAGGCGCGGGCCGGGUCUGCGGGGGCGCGAGCCAGGGAACGGGCGGUGGGCCGGGCCGGGCCGGGGAAAGCCAGAGGAGGGCCGGGCACCGCCGCGCCUGCCGCCAUGGACCCGUUUCUGGUGCUGCUGCACUCGGUGUCAGCCAGCCUGUCGAGCAGCGAGCUGACCGAGCUCAAGUUCCUGUGUCAGAGCCGCGUGGGCAAAAGGAAACUGGAGCGCGUGCAGAGUAGCCUGGACCUGUUCACCGUGCUGCUGGAGCAGAACGAGAUGAGCCCCGAGAACACCGUGCUGCUCCGCGAGCUGCUCGUCUCCCUGCGGCGCCAGGACCUGCUGCGGCGCCUGGAAGACUUCGAGGCGGGCGCGGCGGGCGAGGCCGCGCCGGAGGAGCGAGAUCUGCAGGCAGCGUUUGACAUCAUCUGUGAUAACGUGGGGAAGGACUGGAGGAAACUGGCUCGUCACCUCAGCGUGUCUGACGCCAAGAUUGAAGCCAUUGAGGAGAAGUAUCCCCGGAACCUGGCAGAGCAGGACCAACGGCAUCUACCCACUCUGCACUUCGUUCCCUCCACCGCAGUUGACCACAUGCCAGCGCAUGAAGACCCGGCAGGGAGCCGGGUGAGGGCCCACGCGGGCUCUGGGCACUGUGAUGACCCUCAGAGGGAGAUGCUUUCGUCCCCGUUAAACGAGGUCCUACCGGAGGCCAUUGCAGGCCACAUCCGACACGUAGGAGGAACCUAUAAAAGGUAGUGAGUAGGGUCAUAAACCUGGCCGUUGUCCAAGUGAGGAAGCGCAGAGUCGAACUGGAGGCAAGUCAGUAGUAGUGGGGGGCUGGGCUGGGGGCCAGCGCUGUCCAGCUCGGGAGCCCCUGCGUGGGACCACUGGCUCCUCCUGCCGUCCCGCCGUUGCCAGAGGCUUCGAGGCUGGCGGUGUAGACCCGUCUCCCAGGGCAGGUGGCAUAGGGGGUGAGGCGCUGCCUGUGAGGUGCUUAGAAGAUGUGGACACAGGGCUGGGCAGAUGCUAGUUCAGAGAAGUAUUAUGAUUCCUGUGAUUCCACAGUGUGUUACUAUUUUGUGUCAAAACCACGCUCUUUCUGAUAACAGAGUUGUCGAGGGAGCUGGAGCCUGUGGUUAUAAGAAGGAAUCUUUCUUCCUGCUUCUCAGGUAGCCCUAUUGAAGUAAGGGCCUUUCCAGAGGAAACCUCCACGUGCCAAAGAAUGUUCUCUCCCCGUUGGUGAUGAUUUCAUUUUACAUGCUCUCAGAAUUCCAUUGCAGUCGAUUUCAGUGUCCCUUGAAGGUUAUUACAGGCCCAGCCUGGCAGUAGGGUGGUUGCAUUUCAUAACAGCUCCGGGGACCACUGACAAGGGGAGUGUUUAGGGGGUGGGAUGAAUUAGGAGAUUGGGGUUGACGUAUACGCACUACUGUGUAUUGUGUAAAGUGGCAGAGAGCCCAGCGUUCAUGCCUUGCGCCUUCUUGCUGUGACCUUGGGAAAGCUACUUGUGAUGUCAUGCCAUGUCACCUUGACCUUUGGUUGCUGAGACCCUAGCAACACUCCCCACCAGGCUGUGGACCCAGCCUUCAGCAGAUACUUAGUGCCAGACACUGCUAGGAGCUGGGGUCAUGCAGCAGACAAGACAGAAGUGGCCCUACUCUGUUGACCCCGAAAGCCUGGCCAGGAACACGGGUGUUAACUAAUUCACAACAAGUUUGGGAGUUGAGCCAGUUCAGCCCCAGAGUGGCGUGGCCUGGCCCGGUCUAUGCGCUGAAUGUUCCCCCGCCUGCCAGGAGCACCUGCCUCUUGAGGACCUCGGGUCAGGGCUAGUUCUGUGG